AUGGUAAAACUGAAGAUUGACACAAAGUAUCCUGAAAUACAAUCUAUACUGCCUAGAUUCUCUGCAAAGGUGACCUGGACUUCAGAAGAACGCAGCUGUUCUCAGGAUGCCUCAGCGAUAGCACCCUUCCAGAUAAUUUUUGAGUUUGAUGAAAAAUCUAGAACAUUGGUGACAGAUUGUCUGGUUAUAAAGCAUUUUUUACGCAAAAUCGUCAUUGUACAGCACCAGGUAAGGUUUCAUCUCUAUAGUGCCUUGAUAAAUGGAAUUCUCUCCACAGAGAUCUUUGGGGUAGAGAAUGAACCCACUUUGAACCUGUUGAAUGGAAUUGCUCUUGUCGUAAACUAUCAGCAUUAUGUGAGUAGACAAAAAUUCAGUACAGCUGAAGUACACUGCAGCAGAAUUCACCCUGUGCUAGGACAUCCAGUAACACUUUUCAUUCCUGAUGACAUGGCUAGCAUGGACUUCUUGGGAGAACUCAUACUGACUCCAGCUGCUGCUCUAUGCCCCAGCCCAAAGGUCUUUUCCAGCCAGCUGAACAGGAUUUCUUCAGUUUCCAUAUUUCUAUAUGGACCUUUGGGUCUGCCUCUGAUAUUGCCAAGUUGGGAGCAGCCAAGUACCUCUGUCUUCAAAGACACCUCUUACUUCAUAGACUGGAAAAAAUAUCACUUGUGUGUGGUGCCCAAUUUGGAUCUCAAUUUGGAUAGAGAUUUUAUGCUCCCUGAUGUCAGUUAUCAGGUUGAAUCCAGUGAGGGAAAUCAGUCUCAGAAUAUGGACCCUCAGGGACCAACUCUGCUACUUUUCCUCUUUGUGGAUUUUCACAGUGGACUUCCAGUUCACCGAGAGGAAAUCUGGGGAAUCCAUACUUGGCUCACAACUCAUCUCAGUGCCAUCCUGGUGGAAAGCCACAGUGUGGUACAAGAUUCCAUCCAGUUUACCGUGGACCAGGUCUUGAAGCAGCAUUACCAGGCUUCCCAGGCUUAUCAGAAACUGCAGACCUCACUCUCAGUGGCUGUGAAUUCUAUCAUAAGUGUUGUGACUGCAAGCACCAGCAGUAGCUUCCGAAAAACAUGUUUCCAGGCCUUUCAGGCAGCUGACACAAAGGAAUUUGGGACCAAACUGCACAAAAUGUUUCAUGAUAUCACCCAGCACCGAUUUCUUCACUACUGCUCAUGUGACAUGAAGCAGCUUGUGCCAGAGAAAAAGGAUUCAGCCCAGAGCGCUGGUGAUGCACAUGAGAGCAACAGUCUGGAGGUCCUUACAGAGACCAGCGGGCAAGCAGACAUCAAGAGGCUCAAGAGAGCUCUCCACUCCGCCAGGGCCCCGGGCCCGCCAGAAGCCGCCCGGCAUCGCCCGGAGCCCGCCGCCGCCUCCCUCACCUCGAGCCACGGCAGAGCCCCAGCGUCGGGCAGGGACAGCCCUGGGAGUGGCCUGCAGGACCCGGACGCGCUGUGGCUGCAGGAGGUCUCCAAUCUGUCGGAGUGGCUGAGUCCCGGCCCCAGGCCCUGAGCCGGGCGGAUCCCGAGAGUUCCCGGGGCCUAGGGACGCGGGCGGCCGAGCGCUUCUGUGUUCAAUAAAG